UGUUUGUUGGUGACAACAACAUUGACAACACCGGCGAGGCCAGACCACAACCACUUGCUGCUCUGAGUGUUGAGUUUGUACUGCGCACUGACCACUUCAAGUCCAGUUCCUAGGUUGACAGCAAACGACUUCCACUUGGCUGCUGAGAUCGAACAUGGCGGAGAGGUCAAGAUUGCUUGUGUUGGUUUUUUGUCUUUAUUUCCUUCAUGUGACAAUGGUGGAUGCAAGCAGGAAAGACACUAAGUUAAAACCUAAGGACAGAGCCGUAAACCCCGCAAUGGAAAGUGUAUUUAAGAACAUCAGCGCCUUGUGGCAUGAAGUUGAGUUUCUCCACCAACCCAUUCACAUCCACAUCCACGGAGACGGUGAGGUCAUGAAGGACCCUUCCAUGGCGGCCGGAGCACGAUCACCGUUCCCAUCCCUUCCAACACAUGGAGGUAUUGGUAAACGUGUCGGGAUUUCCAGUAAAGCAUGCCGGAAUGAAAAUUCUGAUCAUGUGCAUCUUCACGGAAUUCAUAUUCACGAGUUCGCGGACAUGACUCAAGGCUGCACGUCCAUGGGAGGUCACUUUAACCCAGAAGGUGUUAGUCAUGGUGCGCCAGAUGCAUCAAAGAGGCACGUUGGCGACUGGGGAAAUCUUGUGGUCAACGAGGAGGGAGUCGCAUUUUCACGGUUCAACGAUACAGUAGCCACACUGCUUGGCUUUGAAACCAUCCUGGGGCGAGGACUAGUCAUUCACGGGGCGGAGGACGACCUGGGGCUGGGUGGCACGGAUGCAAGUCUCAAGACCGGCAACGCCGGAGGCCGCCUCGCCUGCUGCGUCAUCAUAGCCGUUGGUCCCGCACCGGAAGUGUGGGGCUAGCAUACAGACC